AUGGAGUUCAGUCUAUCAACCUUGUAUAGUGGCUUCGAUGUCCAAAAAGAUUAUGAGGUGGACAAUUCCAAUAUUGAUGAGAAGCUCUCGCAUGCCACCCAUGCGUUGGCAAACAGCUGGGAGGCCAUCCACCACAACAACGAGCUUCUUGAAGAACUCAUGGAGAUGGCUCAUGGCUUCCAACAACUCGACGCUAAGCACAAAAAGCAAGUCAACUACCUAAUAUCUUCUUCGCUCGCUAACGCAUCGCGUCAGUGUAAAAUCAUGAUAGAAGAAGGAGAUUAUGUGGACAUGUUGGACGUGCUCAAGCUGUGUUUGGAGAAAUAUGGUUACUUAAUGUUUGUACUCCUCAAUUUCCUAUCAAGAGAAAAUUUCCCGACCAGUACGUCUGCUAGACAGAAGCAGACAUCUGUACUGUGGAAGAAUAAUUGUCAGCAAGUAGAUGACUCCUUAGCCUCCGUUGUACCAUGCCUACAACUAGACCUCUCCAAGAUAUUCGUCACUACGCCCGAGAAGAACCAGCUCCUAGAUUUAUUCCUUCGACCAGUUUUCCAUCUCAUGGAACUCCCAGAGAGAAUGAAAGUCAAUACCAUCCGUAUCCUAAUGUUCCGUAUAAUAUCACUAGCUGUAACCCGCCAUGGCAGUGAAGAGACCGUCCAGAACUCAGUCAUUCAAUCAUUAACAUACUAUCCACAUCUACCUCAGUAUAUGGCUGAAUUGCUACAUACAUUGGAAAAGGCUUUCGACCAUAUCAAAUUAUCAGAGGAUAUCCUUUUGGAGAUCAGUCAACUCGAAUUCAAUGCUAAUGAUACGAACGGGCCAAAAGCUGUAUCAGAAUUUUUGGUGAGGGUGUCGGAACUCAGUCCAAGGUUAAUCAUGAGACAAAUGGCGUCUAUCAGUCAGAUUCUUGACAAUACCAACCAGUCACUCAGAUGUUCAGUUAUUGAGACCUGUGGAAAUAUCGUGGUUGAUGCAUUCAAAACGCUAUACAACAGUAAUAGCUCAUCUGAAGAUGAACGUGCUGAAAUCAGCAUGAAGCUGAUUGGCAAAUUGUUUUCCUUGCUUAAACAAAGAACACUCGAUCAGAACCCGUUCGCCAGAACAAAAGCCUUGCAAGCUAUGGUCAAGGUUUUCAAUCAUUCACCAGUGAAAGACUACGUUGUGUCUGCUCUUGAAACUCCCGAAUCGAAAGAUCUUGAUAUAGGUCCAGCAAACGAAUGGUAUCAAGAGGUAAUGGAUGUGGCAAUCACAGGGUUAUAUGAUAGAAGCACUUUGGUGCGUAGAAAUGCUAUCAAGCUCUUGUCAAAAAUCUUGAUUGAACAUCCCUUUACUUCUCAAGAAAGUUUCCGAAUGCUGUAUAGUCGAUGGGAAAGGAAGUUGGACGAUCUUAAAGCUGCAAGUCAACAUGUCGUACCUGAGCGUUACUUUCAAAAGUUCAUGAAUCAAAACGAGAAUUCUGAGACAGAGGAUCCCACUUCUAAGUCUUCAGAGGAAGAUGCAAUGGACGUUGACAAUGAAGAGGCCAGAGCUGAGGGCGAAGCAGGCAACGAGGGUGAUGAAGGUGAUGAAGGCGACAACGCAGCUGCUAAUGAUGAUAUAUUAGCGAGUGAACAAGCUUUAGCAGAAAACGACGAAGAUUUUGAUAAGGUCAAGAGCUUGAUGAAACUUUGGGAAUACCACAACUGUGCAUUGGCUUUUAUCAAGAAGUUAGAAAGGGGAGUUGCCAUCACUUCAUCCCUUUUGUUCUCGAAGAACAGAAAUGAGGUACUUGAAGCAAUGGAUUUCUUGGUUUGCGCCGAUGCUUAUGGUGUUGAGAACGCAAGCGAAGGUAUCCGUAAAAUGCUUCAUCUUGUUUGGAUGAAAGGCUCCUCAGAUGAAGGUAAAUCUAUUGCAAGUCAGCUCGUCGAAUGUUACAAACUUUUGUUCCUUACCACUCCUUCUGACAUUACUGCUCAACAGGCAGCCGAAAUGAAAGCUCGAAACUUAAUCAAGAUCACCAUCAAUGCAACUGUUGCGGAUUUGGCCUCAUUGGAGAAACUCAUGUGUAUGAUUUAUGAAGGCAAGUUAAUUGAUUGGGCUAUGAUAGAGCUGUUGUGGUUCAUUUAUAGCAAAGCUGGCUCUGAUGAUACACGUUACUCCCAGGCUCAGAUACAUGGUGCUAUCAUUGUUCUUGGUAUGGUAUCAUCAGCUAAUCCAGCAAUUGUGCAAUGUGGUUUAAAAUCACUCCUUGAGAUUGGUUUGGGCUCUGUUGGUCGCCUGGAUUUGGUUCUUUGCAAGCAUUCGUGUGCCACCUUACUCAAAAUUGUUCAACCUCUGAAAAAAAGACAGACUCAGAACAUGUUUUCUGAAGACAGUGAAGCUGCUGAGAGAUUGAAAGCUAUUUUGUUAUGCUACACUCUGCAAAGAGAUUGGUUCCCGGUGGCAGAACAGGCAAUUGACGCCAUCUUCCGGAUCAUCACCAAUCCUAUUGUGCUUUGUGAUGCAGUUAUCAAAUCCAAGACCAAGGAUGUCUUCAUAAGCGAAAAGGAUGACGAAUCGAGGACUGCUUCUUUGGCCCAGCUCUUAUUCAUUGUUGGUCAUGUUGCAAUCAAAACCAUUGAACAUUUGGAGAAACUAGAAGCCCAAUUCAAGAAAAUGAAACACGAUUUGGAAGCAGAAAAGAGUAACCAAAGAAAAGAAAAUGCUGCUGAGAGCGAGCUUGAGAUGAUUGGAGGUACUUCCGAAGAUGACUUUGCAGACGUUGUGGUGUAUAUCAGAGAAACUGAGAUUCUUUUCGGAGAAAAGUCAUUGUUAGCGAAGUUUGGAUCCUUGGUGACAGAAAUUUGUCUGAACAGGAAGGCCUACGACAAUGGUAUCCUCCAACGGUCUGCGGUUCUCUGUCUUUCCAAGCUCAUGUGUGUUUCGUCAAAGUUCUGUGAGGCGAACUUACCACUUUUCAUCACCAUAAUGGAGAAAUCUGAGGAUCCUGUUAUUCGUUCUAACUGUGUGUUAGGCCUUGGUGAUAUGGCUGUCUGUUUCAACAACUUGGUGGACGAGAAUACCGAUUUCCUCUACCGUCGUCUUACUGAUGAUCACCUUAUGGUCCAACGUACAUGUCUUAUGACCGUUACUUUCUUGAUCUUGGCGGGCCAAGUGAAGGUCAAGGGUCAGCUUUCGUCAAUGGCCAAGUGUCUUGAAAACCCCGACCAGGGCAUCAGCGACAUGUGUCGGUUGUUCUUCACAGAAUUGGCUACCAAGGAUAAUGCCAUCUACAAUGCAUUCAUUGAUAUCUUCAGUGGCCUUUCGAACGACGACAGUUUAUCCAAGGAAGCUAUGAAACGUAUCAUCAAAUUCUUGGUGUUAUACAUUGACAAAGAGAAGCACCAGAAGCAGCUCUCCGAGAAGCUUUUGGUACGUUUGAUGAAGAGCGAAACGGAGAAGCAAUGGAACGACGUUGCCUUUGUGUUAACCACAAUUCCUUACAAAAACGAUAGCAUCACGCAAGCCCUCGAAGCUGGUUACAAAAUGGCUUCCGCAAGAGAAGCUUAA